AAUAUGGAGGACCACUGUGGAGUAUUUUGAGCUAAAGCAGCUUCAGUGUUUUGCCAACAGGGAUACAAUAGCAGCAGUAGCCCAGAAGGGGAUCAAACCCACAACCUUUUCAUUGUAAACCCAGUUCACCACUGUUUACCAGUUCUCUGGCCUCUCCCAGCCAGACUCAUUAGACUAUAUAAAGGACCAUCAGCUGGAACUUUCCACCUCACACACAAAGUUACUGUCCUCCACAGCAGGUAAACCAACACCCUUCUCAGCAUUAUGGGUCUUCUUGGAUUUGCACUUGGGGCCGUACUUGGCACUGGUGCGGCCAUCGUUACGAUUCCACUGGUUGUGGGAGCAGCGGGCUUCACGGCUGCUGGUAUUGUGGGUGGAUCCGUCGCCUCCUAUAUGAUGUCAGCAGCAGCGGUAGCCAAUGGGGGCGGAGUAGCUGCUGGUGGUCUGGUGGCCACUCUACAGUCAGUAGGGGCAGCAGGACUCUCUACUGCAGCCUCUGCAAAAGUGACCAGUGUCGGGGCGACUAUCGGAGCCAUCCUGAUCUAACCCUCGGCCUGCCAUCACCUGGAUCCAUCCCUGAGGUGGACUCACCAGACCAGCCCAGCGUACCCUUUGAUCCCAAACUAAAAAAUAUUUAGGAAAAUGUGUGCAGUUAACACAAAGAGAAACCAAAACAACCUUCAUAAAGCAGUUAGUUGAAAUUAGUGUUAUGUUGUUCUGUUUAAAUAAAUAAUUCAUUCACUAAGCA